AAAAAGCUGAAAGAUUGAGAAACAAUAUAAAGAAUAAAAUGCAUGAAAGAAUAGAUGUAGACAGUCCUCUCUGGGACCAAGCAACCUUUAUUGGUCGGUUUCGACAUUUUGCCUGGAUGUCAAAUCCAAUAAACGGACUUGUUUCUACUCAAGAAUUAGAAUCAGCAAAGAGUAUAGUUGUGAGCUAUAGAACUGGAACAGAACCCCCAGGAACUACACAAGAGCAGGUUAAGCACGCUAUGCAACUGUAUCGGUCAGCGUUCCAUCCUGAUACCGGUGAACUUCAGAACAUAUUCGGCAGGAUGUCAUUCCAGAUGCCUGGAGGAAUGCUCAUUACCGGAGCAAUGCUUCAAUUCUACCGGAGUGUACCAGCAGUCGUCUUUUGGCAGUGGUUCAAUCAAUCAUUCAACGCUUUGGUGAAUUAUACAAAUAGAAAUGCAGAUUCACCAACAACUACAGCUCAGUUGGGUGUAGCGUAUACUUCUGCUACUUGUUCAGCGCUAGCUACUGCAAUAGGAUUGAGAAAGAUAUGUGAGCGAAGUACCUCAACUCUAAUUCAACGAUUUGUUCCCUUUGCUGCAGUUGCUUCAGCUAAUUGUGUGAAUAUCCCCUUGAUGAGACAGAAUGAGCUGAUCAAUGGUAUAGCUAUCUAUGAUGAGCAGGGGAAUCGGGCCGGAACAUCUAAACUUGCGGCAAAAAUUGGAAUCUCACAGGUUGUUAGUUCCCGUAUAGUGAUGGCUGCCCCUGGGAUGCUGGUUCUACCAUUGAUAAUGGAGAAAAUGGAGAGAAAACAUUGGUUCAAGUCUCGUUCAUACCUUCAUGCUCCUUUUCAGGUUGGUGGAGUAGGAUGUUUCCUGCUGGUCAUGGUUCCGUUUGCCUGUGCUCUCUUCCCACAAGAUGCUCAGAUAUCGGCAAAACAGUUAAAGAGUUCAGAUCCUGAAGCUUAUGAGAGACUAGAGACUAAAUAUGGAGCCGAGAUUCCACAAACCUUCUUUUAUAAUAAGGGACUGUAGUCUAAAAUAAAAACGGACUAUAUUUGGAAACUCCCUCUUGGUUUCACUGAUACCUCUUGAAGAUUGAAGAAACUCAAAGCAAAUAUUUGCUGUUUUUCUCAUGUUCACUCGACUAAUUAUCAUAAUCAUAACUUGAGUCUAAAAAUCGCCUUUUUAUUUUAAAUGGGUCUCACCGUCUCACUGUAUACCUUUCUCUAUAAAUGCUCCUUAUUUUAGUGUUUACUUAAAAUGUAUCAUUAACUCAAUAUUUUUUAAAGACUUGACUAAAAAUAAACGAAUUUAAAGAACG